AUGGAAUCACUUGUUGAAAUAUUCAAGCAACAUGUUUCUCUUGCUAAUUGUAAUUUGAUACCCAUCAGUAUUCUACCGACGGUUUCACUUCAAAAUUUGAACGAUAUUGAUUGGACAUUUACUUUUACAUAUCUAUUGAAAGAACUUUUAUUAACAAUGGACAAUAGUAAAGUAAAAAAGAAAGAAUUUGUAGAUCUGUGUCGAAAAUAUUUAAAACGCAAUCCUUUAGGUUUAAAUAUAAUCGAUGAAUUCGAAAAAACUUAUCAACAAUCAUCAGCAAUUCAGUGGUAUAUACGCGAAGAUUUCAUCUAUUCAGUUUGGAACAAAGCAUUGAGAAUAGAAAACUUCCAAAUGAUCAUACAUAUGGUUUUCUUUGCUCAAGAUCUUUAUCGACAGAUCGUACAACUACACACUGAUAUGAAACGUCAAAACUCCAGAUCAGUCUUUCAUGGACAAGGCCUGUCAAAAUCGACGUUUAAUAAACUUCAGCAAAAUAAAGCUGGUCUUAUGUCAUUUAAUACCUUUCUAGUUACUCAUUCCAAUCGACAGAAUGCUAUAGAUUUGGCUCGACGAUGGUAUGAUCAUGAUUCGAAUAUUGGUAUUGUUUUUCAAAUGGAAAUCAAUACGUCAACACCUAUCAUUCCAUUGAACGGAAUAGACUAUAAAUCAGAUUCGAAUAGUAAAUUCCUUCUUCCGUUCUAUUCGAUUUUUCGUAUUCAAGAAAUAAAAUCCAUUGGUGAACAGCUAUGGCAAAUAAAUUUGAUUUCUAUCAAUGCAAACGAUCAAUCAUUUGCUCUGUUUAUUCAUUUUAUUGAUCAAGAAGUUUGUGGAUCAACUGCAUUGAGUCGUUUAAGUAAUCUUCAUUUGAAAAUGGGCAAAACCAAUGAAGCUAUUGAACUCUAUUUGAUCAUGUUAGAAAUUACAUCUGGCAAAGAAAACCAAUUACUUGCUCAUAUUCAUCAUCAACUUGCCUAUGUCUAUAAUGAAAUAAGUGAUUUGACUAAAGCACGAAUUCACUAUGAAAAAUCGAUUCAAUUCUAUUUAACAUAUCUGCCAGCAAAUGAUUCUACUCUUUCGAAUUCAUAUUCGAAUCUUGCUGUUGUACUCAAACGACAAGACGAUCUUGCUGGUGCAAUGAAAUAUCAUCAACAUGGAUUGAGUAUUGAUUUGAAAGCGCCUCAACCUGAUUACGAACAAAUUGCUACUCGAUACAAUAACAUUGGCGUUGUCCUACGUGAUCAAAAGAAAUAUAGUGAAGCACUCGAUUACUAUCAACGUGCUCUCAAACUUGAAUUAGAACACUUGCAAUCCACACAACCAAUUCUAGCCACGACUUACAACAAUAUUGCAGACAUUCAUCGUCUACAAGGAAAUCUAGAAAUGGCACUUGAAUUUUAUCAAAAAACGUUAGUUAUCGAACAGAGUAUUUUCUCAACAAUACAUCCGUCAUUAGCUAUUACUCAUUUCAAUAUGGCAGUGACAUUAGAUGGAUUGAAUCGAUUGAACGAAGCUAUCGAGCAUGCAUCAAAAGCACUGGAAAUUACUCAACAUGUUUUUGGUUCUGAUCAUGAGGAAACAAUUGAAAAUCAAGCAUUGCUCGAUAUGUUACGCAGUAAAAGAAAGGGAGAUGAUUCGUAGAAAGCUUAUAGUCAUCGUCUUCUUCGAAAAUAUACGUGGGUGUGGGUGUGACUGUGCCUCUCUCUCUGCUGGUGGGUGUGCUUGUCCCUACAUUCAUAUUCACAUCCACAUCCACACCCACACCCACACCCCACCCACACCCACACCCACACCCACCCACACCCACACCCACACCCACACCCACACCCACCCACACCCACACCCAC